GGGAAAAAGGAUACGAAUCCGCGCCUGCAAGUUGCAACAAAUCUGGCUCCAAGAUUGGGCCCCCAUUUCCAUGCUCCAAGCCCCGCCGCCGCCGCCGGCGACGACGCCAUUGUCGACCCUGUCCUCCUCCUCCGUCGUCGUCGCCCGUCCCCGGCGACCCGCAUACCACCUCGCUUAUGUUAAGAUCUCUCUCUUUGCUACUCCUACACUCAUCGCUCCCCUCCAGGCCGACCCCAUCUAGGCUCCUCUCUUCCGCCGCCGCCGCCGCCUCCGUACCCGCCUCCGGUGCUCCAAAUGCCCGCGCGCAUGGAACCGUCUCUGCCGUGCUGGAGAUCGUCGGCCCCAUCGAGCUCCUCUUCCCGGCCUCCGAGGCGCGCCUCUACGUGCGCCUCGUGCGGCGCUGCGCGCGCGACGCCCUCGCCGCGGGCGCCGCCGCCGCCCACGCGCACGUAGUUAAACGCGGAUUUGCGUCCGACGUGCUCGUAUCCAACGUCCUUCUGGAUUCGUAUGCCAAAGGAGGCUCUCUGGCGGCCGGACGCCAAUUGUUCGACGAAAUGCCCGACAGGGACGUCGCGUCCUGGUGUACCGUCAUUGCCGCGCACGCCAGCCGUGGGCUCUUCGUUGAGGCAAUCGGGAUAUUCAAGGAGCUCUUGUCCUCUGAUCAGGUGAAGCCAAACCGGUUUGUCAUCUCAUCAGUGCUGAACGCCUGUGCCAGGUCUGGUGUCAUGGAGCUUGGGCUCAUGGUGCAUGGGUUGGUGGUCAAAUCUGGCUUGGGCGCUGAUAGAUUUGUGGAAGUUGGAUUUGUUGACAUGUACGCGAAAUGUGGCAAUGUGGGUGAUGCUAUUAGGCUGUUUAAUAAAAUUCCAGUGAAGAGCUCCGUUGCUUGGAAUGCAAUGAUCUCUGGUUUUGUUGAGAAUAAUUGUUUCGUAGAGGCUGCUGAGCUUUUUCGGGAUAUGCAUAGAGUUGGCAUGGCAGUGGAUGUGGUGACUUUGAGGGUAGUAGCUGGUGUUGCGGCUGUUCUGGGAACAUUUGAUCUUUCUAGGAACAUUCAUGUUUGCGCACUUAAAGUGGGCUUGGGAUUAGAUUGUUUUGUUGUAUCUGAACUGAUCAAGUCAGCCGGGAGGGUAGGUGAAACUCAGUACAUUGGAAAGCUUGUUGCUGCAGUUAGAAGGCCUGAUGCAUCUUUGUAUUCUUUGGCUAUUUCAAGCUACCACUCAAAUGGUUGUCAGGUUGAAGCAGUGACACUUGCAGAAGUUUUUCUUUCUUCAGGUCUCAGUUUGAGAGAAGGAGACAUGGUUACAGUGCUAGAUAUAUGUCAAAUAGAAGAGGAGGUUCAACAAAUGCAUGCUUUUAGUUUGAAAACUGGAAGGUUCUGUUAUACUAAUGUAUGCAAUGCUCUUAUGUCGGUAUAUUCUGAACUUGGAUCACUGAUGUGUGCGGAAUCAAUCUUCAAAACUAUGCAAUCACCAGAUAUUGUAUCAUGGGCUGGAGUCAUGGCAGGCUGUGUCAAGAACCUCCAAUAUGAAAGAGCAUGCAGUUACUUUAAGCAGUUAAGUGAUGCUGGAGCACCUCUAGAUCAGCAUUGUAUUGCUACUGUCGUGAAUGCCUGCACCGGUCUUCAGGACUUGGAUAAGGGAAGGCAGAUUCACUCUUUAGCUCUUAAACUUGGGCUGCUACUUGCUGAUUACGUCAGUGCAUCACUAGUAAACAUGUAUGCAAAAUGCCAUAGCAUUGAGGGCGCUGGUGAGCUAUUUUCCCAUGCGGUGUUCCCACAAAAUUUAGUUGUAAUCAAUGCCAUGCUUUCUGGAUAUUGCUGGAAUUUCCUGCCAGAGAAAGCUCUGCUGCUCUUUUAUAGGGAAUAUCAGUUUGGUCUGCGUCCUGAUCAGUUCACUUUCUCAAUUGUUCUCGGUGCAUGUUCUGAUAUAGGAGCAAAGAAGGCUGGUGAGCAGAUCCAUGGCUACCUUGUAAAAGUUGGUUCUGAAUGCUUGGAUGUCAUUGUUGGAAAUGCUAUCAUAGACCUUUAUGUUAAGUGCGGAUGCAUUGCAAGUGCUUGUAGAUUCUUUCAUAGCAUGAAGAGUUGGAACAUCAAUUCAUAUGCCAUGUUAAUGUUGGGUUAUAUUCAGAACAGAUGCAGUGAUGAAGCUCUUCAGCUUUUCUCUAAGAUGCAGCAUAGUGGAUUGCGUGCAAAUCGUGUCACCUUCGCAAGAAUCUUACGGGGUUGUGCUGAUCUAUGUGCUAUUGAUUUGGGAAGACAACUGCAUGCUUCCAUCAUAAAAAUGGGCCUGCUUUCUGAUGUAUAUGUCACAAAUGCACUUGUAGGAAUGUACACAAAAUCUGAUGUUUGGACUGAAUCAAUAAGAACUUCUCAAGAAACUUUGGCAGGCAAUGUUCCAGAACAGGAUACGACAGAUAAUUUCAGUUCAGAACAAAGGUACGCAAGCAGAGAUCUUGAAGAAGUUGGGUUGUUCACAUUGGAUGAAGAGAAUGACCAUGCAAGUUUGGUUGAUGCUCGGAAGAACUACAUUGCUGCUGCUUCUCAAUUCUAUGGAAAUCCACUUCCCAUUCAUGUGGUUGGACGUGAACUUGGGAUCGAGACCAACAUAGAGAAUGGAAAAAAUGCCAAGUACAAUAGGAGUAAGCUUUUGCUAUAUUACAACGAUGGCAACUAUCAGGGAAAUAUAUAUGGAUCGAUUAAGUUAUUUAACUUGUUUCAAGAGGGCAGCAGAAAAUCUGAUCAUUUAGUCCUCGUUGUUUCCAUUGAUGGUGGAAAUUCAAAGAUAAAGGAUGUAGGAUUUGUUAAUGUGGAACCAGUGAAAAGAUAUGGUAGUGUCCCUGCACUUGUUUUUCCUCCUUGACAAACUAUAGUGCAUGAUCAGAAGUAGAGUUUGGCCUGCGAUUCUUUAUUCAGCAAAACUGAACUGCCAUGUCAACAUAUUGGCAAGCAAGGAAAACCAACUAGCAUAGGCCAGAGUCCAUGCAUCAGCAACUUCUCAGAUCGACUCAAGUGUAUGAUGAGCUGGUUGGCAUAAAAAAGGAGACACGCUCAAACAUUUCCAAAUGAGGGGAAAGUAGGCUGGGGAAAUCAGCUUGAGCUUUGAACAUCGAUGUGAGUUAAGGUACUGGCAUUAAACUUGCAUGAAAUGGGUAUUACAGCAGAAGGAACAAAAUUGAAGAAUGGCGUGCAUUUUGAUGCAUCAUUCCUAGCUAUCAUAUGCAAAUUCAGCAACAUCAACGGCCUGAAAGAAGAAUAGAAGAGAAGGUACCCACAGCAUCACCCAGUGAAACACCAAUAUUGGUGGACUGCAGGUGUCUGAAGCAAGAAACUUCAAGGCAUUUUUGCCAUUAUAUAACCUAACUGCCAUGCACCUUAUUUUUUCGGUUGGUGCAUCAGGAUUAUACUGUAUUGUUGUACUGACUUGAGGCUGUAAGCUGUAUAUAGCGAGAACUAGAUUUAGGCAUUGUGUUAUUUAUACUUGUACUGUACAGGCCUGAUGACACGCUGGAUUCAGCUGCUGUUCUGGAAACUGUUGCUAAGGUCUCCCGUAUUGUCAUUCACCAGUACUACAAACCCAAUUUUGCUACUGCUAGGAGAAUGGCAACCUAAUCAAAAUCAAUACAAAGGAAGAAGCACCUUGAUCGAGCAGGAGAGGCUUUUAAAGGUUUGGCCCUACUUCACAGUCGAAAGUAGAUUAACAGAGGGGUUAGCAGAGAGUUCCCUCUUGGGCUAUGGCGACUGUUCACUUCGAACCUCAUCUUCACCGGGAGCAAUUACUUAUCCUCGGAGGCUCACAUUUGGCGUGACUCUGAUUCAAUGGAAUUGUUUGCUCCAUUUGAUCAAUGUUGUAUCACGUUUGUAUUGCGCAUGUUAUGAAAGAAACAAUGAACCACUGUUCCGUUUACUUCAAGAGGUUGCCGGCUCUCCUUUU